AUGCUAGGUCCGCUGGGUCCACACUUGGUCGGGUCAUUCAACACCAGCAUCAGUGCAGUACCUGUGGACAGCGGCAACCAGAAAGGCCUCCAGGUUGGGGGCCAGCUGCCCGGCGGUGUGCAUGUGGGACCUCAGCAGCAGAACCAGCAGCUCCUCCUGACCCCAGCCAGCCUCCAGCUCGCUCAGCUCCAGGCCCAGCUUACUCUCCAUCGCCUCAAACUGGCUCAGGGGGGCAAUACAGCCACUGCCGCCACUGUUCUCAAUCAGGUUCUUUCCAAUGUCGCCAUGUCCCAACCCCUGUUCAAUCAGCUACGGACUUCGACUAUGGUUGGGAACCCACAGGGUGCCUUCCCCACGGGUGUGCUAGGUUUUCCCUCUUCAAAUUCGGCCUUGGGAGCCUUGGUCAGUGGUGGAUUCAACCAAAACCCAGGGAAUGUGAGACUAAACCAUCCUGGUGGAGGGGGAGCAGUGGGCCAACAGGGUGCGGAGUAUGGUAAAAAGUCAGGUUCAACUUACCCUUCUGAUACUGACAGGCGUCAUCAGUACAACUUAAUUGGGGGGACAUCUGCGGCAUCAGCCGCUGCUGGUGAUGGACAGUACUCAGUGAUAAACACUCAGGCAAAAAACAUGAACAGUGUUGGUUUUCAGAGAGAUUUCUAUGGGCAGGAUGUUCUGGGGCAGAAAGCUGGGUUUAGCGUCAAUGAGCAGCAUGUGAAUGUUUAUAACUCCACUGGGAUUAAGGAGCAAUGGAAAGGCCCCGCUAACUUGAGUCAACCUGGAAAGGUUGACAUGGUUUCUAAGGCUGCCAAUUUGUGGACAGCAGCUGGGCAGCCAAUUCGGUCCAGAACGGAACUGUACAACCCAGAGGAGCCAACCGCUGACCCCAAGUUCAAUCCCAGUAGCGGGGUUUCCUCUUUCGGUUCAAGUGGCGCACAGGGGUUUGGGGGCUACCAGACCCUGCGUGGAAGUGAGGACACCCUAUCUUCAGGUAUCAGGACACUUCAGCCUUACCAAGUCAAUGAUUACCAUGCUGUCACACCCACUCAACUACCACACCAGUGUAGCAUCUGUGACAAGAAGGUCUACAACCUCAAGGACUGGGACCAGCAUGUGAAGGGAAAACUACAUCUGCAGAACCGAACAUUGUACACAAACGAAAGCUCUGCAGUGGUAUCAGCUGGGGCUGUUCACUAUGCUGUCGGCAGGCCUUCUGAUGGAGGUCUGAACACCGGAGCGACAAACUCUAUGGUCUACUCUACUGCAAGUCAAGAUGUAUCCUCAGGAGCCAAUACAGCAUACUUGCCAGCUGCAGCCAUGAAGACUUAUUCCAUGUCAGACGCAGGAUUUGCCUCACACCAGCCAGAGUCAAAGCCAUUUCCACCCAGAAAGGCCACAGCAGGGCGUGUCGUUCACAUCUGCAACCUCCCUGAAGGCAGCUGCACAGAGAAUGAUGUCAUCAACCUGGGACUACCUUUUGGCAAAGUCACCAACUACAUCCUCAUGCGCUCUACCCAUCAGGCAUUUCUGGAGAUGGCGUAUGUUGAAGCAGCUCAGGCCAUGGUUCAAUACUACCAACUUACUCCUGCUAUGAUUAACACUCAGAAACUUCUCAUACGAAUGUCUAAGAGGUACAAGGAGCUGCAACUCAAGAAACCGGGUAAGGAUGUUCAAUCAAUCAUCCAGGAUAUCAGCUGUCAGCGGGAGAGGGAUGAGAUGCAAGAACUUGAGCAAUACAUGCCAGAGAGAGCACGCUCCCGCAGCCCUAUCAGCCGCUCUUUGAGUCCUCACUCACACAGCCCGAGUUUUACAUCAUGCAGCUCAGCCCACAGUCCCCAGGGGCCACAAUGCAGGGGUCUGGAGAGAGGCAGUAAUGGCCUGGGCCCCUGCCGGGACUCUUGGGAUUGGUCAUCACACUUAAGAAGGGGUGAGGAUGAAAGGGAGAGGGAUGACACAUGGAGGAAUGGGGGCAGCGUAGAUGACGAUCGGGCUAAUGGACGCGCAGCCGACCGUCGGAAGGCUUACCAGAAACCCUUGGAUCAUAUCAGCUUGAGAUCUGCAGAUGAGCAGCGAGGAGGAGGAGGUGGUGAAGGGAUGAGGGGAAACAGAGACUGGCACCCACGAGGCAGCCCUCAAGGUGUGUCCUUCAACUCUUACAGGAACAUAGAGGACGAUUUCUACAUGAAGGAACAAAUGUACAAGUCAGACAAGCUGCCCAGACCUCCAUACCAAAGGCAUGACACAAAGCCAAAGCGGAGGGAUGGUGGUGACUACCACAGCAGAUCGAGGCAUUCUGAGUUUGAUAUGACUGAGGAGCCACUUCGCAGAACACUAGAAGACAAGAGGCAGAGUUCACCAGACAGGGGCAGGAGCAAAAAGAUAAGCAGGAGGCAGACCACUGUGGAAAAACAGGAGAGAGAAAAUGCUACUGAAAACACGGAUCGCCAGUCAAAAGAAAAAUCUGUGUCACCUCAGCAACUCAAUAAGCCAAAAGAAACUACUGAAUGUAGUAAAGAGAGAGACACUGUGAAGCAGAGGGAAAGUGGAGAUGACACUGAUGAAGAGUGUUGGUAUCCCAAGAACAUGGAGGAACUGGUCACUGUAGAUGAAGUCGGGGGAGAGGAUGAUUCCAUUAUUGAGCCAGACCUUCCUGAGCUGGAAAAGUAUACAUCCUGCCCCAAAGAGUCUGCAGAGGAAGAAGCAGUGGAGGAGCAUGUAUUACCCCCUACCUCCUCCUCUUUGGAGGUGCAGGAGAUAUCUAACGAAAAGUCUAACCAAGAAAAGUUCUGUGAGGAUGCUGGAGACCCAGCAGAAACAUCUUUAACUGAGAAACCAGGGAAAGUUUUAACUGCACCCAGUCCUGAAGACCAGAAACGUGGUCCAGUGGCUCCUGAUCUACCAGUCACCAACCUUAAUGACUUCCCCUGUGAGGAGUUCAAGGCUGCACUAGAAGAGACAUGUUUAGAGGUUAAAAUAAACAAAAGCGGGUCAUCAGAAGAGCCAAUGGAAAAUCACGUUUAUGUAUCAGAGGACAGCAAAACCAUGGAAGUAGGACGGGUCACAGAAACAAUCAAUGAUGGGGUUCAACAGAAGGACGGCAGUCUUAAAACAGAGCUUGAGGCCCCCUUGCCAUCUCAUGAGCAAAACAAAGCUGUCAGUGAACACAGCAUCUCUUUGGGAGUAGAGUUCAUUGUGCCAAAGACUGGCUUCUACUGUAAACUCUGCGGGCUGUUCUACACCAGCGAGGAGACUGCAAAGACCACUCACUGCCGCAGCACGGUACACUACAGGAACCUACAGAAAUACCUUUCCCAGCUGGCAGAGGAGAGUCUGUCAGGCACACAACCAUCAGCCGCACAGUGACAUCAGCUUGACCUCUCACGUCUUGUUCAGCAAACAGCAGAGGAUAGAUUUGUGUGUGCGUGCUGUUGGUGCAAAGAUGUGGACUACUACAGCAUGGUAAAUGUGACACGUGGAAGCUAGAGUAUGCGGACGAUUGCACUGGUUUUGUUAUUCUGGGGGGAGGGAUGUUUGUAUGCCUUGAAUGACACUGACAACCCCAGCCAUAGAUGCUCUCAGUGUUACAAUACAGUGUACAUACCUGAAGUGUAAUGUAUAAUGAGGCUACAAUAUUUAAUUGCAAUUGUUUUCAUUUAUCAGUUUCCUUGCAGUUUAUGUCAUUAGAUUUUGUGUGAUAAAAUGUAUUUGUUGUUUAUUUAUUUUUUUGAAAGGGAAAUGUAUUAAUUAAAUUAAAUUAGUUACGAAGACGACAUGUUGUUACAGCGUGGGCUUAUGGUAGUCCAUCUGCUGAGUUUAAAUCAAUUACAAUACAAUUAUUUAUCAAUAAUGAUACAUUUACAAUUGCAAAAUAACUUGAAAAACGUGCCAAGGAAUGUUUUUACUAAAAAACUGAUGCAGAUUCUCAGGUUUCAGAUUUCACUGUACAGCUUAGUACACAGCAUUUACAUUUUUAUUUAUAUCUGUGGUUUUAAAGGCUCUCGCUGUUUUUCUUUCACAUUUUGACAGUUUGUGCACUACAAUAUCUGUCUGUUGGGUAAAAAUGUACAUUAUUUGGAUUGAUAAUGAUGCAACUAUGCAAAAGAUCUUUAUUUUCUUGAAGUUCUAUGUUGGAUUUAAUUCAUGAAACAAUCACUGGUCACAUUUGCCAACAUAUGUAAUGCCUUAAAUAUUAAAGACCUUAGACUGGACCAUGUGUUUAAUUUAUCAGAGUUAAACAUGCAAUGUUAUCAAGCCAGAAUUUGUUUUUGUAUACUGUGAAUACUGAU